CUCUCAAACUUUGGGCAGCUCAACAUGAGAGGCGGCUCCUGAUUGGCUGAGAGCUCACCAGCUGAGCGGACCGUUGCCGCUGCUGUUGCUUCCUCAAGAAUCAGGAUCAUCAAGUCUCCGGAUCUGCUGCUGCUGCUGCUGCUGCUUCACACAGGGUCAGUGCACAACAGUUAUGCAGGCUCAGGAAGUCCUGAGACAUCUGCGGAUUCCCGAUCUGGAGGAUGUUCGGCAGUACGUGCGCGGCUUACCCACCAACGCACUCAUGGGCAUGGGUGCCUUCGCCGCCAUCACCACCUACUGGUUUGCCACCCGGCCGAAAGCCCUCAAACCCCCCUGUGACCUCGGCAUGCAGUCCGUGGAAAUGCCAGGUGGAGAACGUUCAAGGAGGUCGGUACUGAACGACAGCGACGAGCACAUGACGCACUACUACAGCGAUGCACGCACAAUGUAUGAGGUGUUCCUACGAGGUCUCCGAGUAUCAAAUGGUGGACCUUGUCUAGGAUCGAGGAAACCAAACCAGCCGUACGAGUGGCAGUCUUAUAAGGAGGUGGUAGACCGAGCGGAGCACAUCGGCUCUGCUCUCCUUCACAGAGGACACUCUCAUACAGGAGACAAGUAUAUCGGCAUCUUUUCCCAGAACAGGCCAGAGUGGACCAUUUCAGAGCUGGCCUGUUACACAUACUCCAUGGUGGCAGUUCCAUUGUACGACACACUCGGCACCGAGGCCAUCGGCUACAUUCUCGACAAAGCUGGCAUCUCAUCAGUGAUCUGCGACGUACCCGAAAAAGCCAGAAUCAUUCUGGACUGUGUCAGCGGGCAAGGGCGAACGGUGAAGACGAUUGUGAUCAUGGAAGCGUUUGACAGCGAGCUGGUGACACGUGGAGAGGAGUGUGGAAUUGAGAUUCUGAGUUUGAAGGAGUUUGAGGCCUUGGGUAAAGCCAACCUCCAGAAAGCAGUGCCCCCUAACCCAGAGGACCUCGCACUUAUCUGCUUUACAUCUGGAACCACAGGAAACCCAAAAGGUGCAAUGCUUACUCAUGGAAAUGUAAUCUCCAACACUGCAGCUUUCAUUAGAAUGACGGAGGUACACUGCAUGCUGACCUUACAUGACAUUCAUGUAUCCUAUCUCCCCCUAGCUCACAUGUUUGAGAGGGUUGUACAGGGUGUCAUUCUCAUCCAUGGGGCUCGAAUCGGCUAUUUCCAAGGGGACAUUCGACUAUUGAUGGAUGAUUUGAAAACGCUGCAGCCGACAGUCUUCCCUGUGGUCCCACGUCUCCUCAACCGCAUGUUUGAUAAGGUAUUUAGUCAAGCCAACACGCCGCUGAAGAGAUGGGUGCUCGAUUUUGCUUUCAGUAGGAAGGAGGCAGAGCUUAAAAGUGGUGUGGUCAGAAAGGACAGCCUGUGGGACAAACUCAUCUUCAAGAAAGUGCAGGCGAGUCUGGGCGGACGUGUCAGACUCAUCAUUACAGGAGCAGCACCGGUGUCCCCAACCAUUCUGACGUUUCUACGAGCUGCACUGGGCUGUCAGUUUUAUGAAGGCUACGGCCAGACUGAAUGUACAGCUGGGUGCUCCAUGUCGAUGCCCGGGGACUGGACAGCAGGUCAUGUCGGGCCUCCUCUGCCCUGCAACUCUAUCAAGCUGGUGGAUGUGGCAGAAAUGAACUACCUGGCAGCCAAUGGAGAGGGAGAGGUGUGUGUCAAAGGACCAAAUGUAUUCCAGGGAUACCUGAAAGAUCCUGAGAGAACUGCGGAGGCAAUCGACCAGGAUGGAUGGCUGCACACAGGAGACAUUGGCAAAUGGCUUCCUAACGGCACUCUGAAGAUCACUGACAGAAAGAAGCACAUCUUCAAGCUGGCACAAGGAGAAUACAUCGCCCCCGAGAAAAUAGAAACUGUGUAUAGUCUCAGUGAUCCAGUGGCCCAGAUAUUUGUUCACGGCGAAAGCUUACAGGCAUGUCUGGUGGGGAUAGUGGUACCUGAUCCAGACUUCUUACCUAUUUGGCUCAAGAAAAAAGGGAUUGAAGGCUCCUACUCUGAACUGUGCAGUAACCAGGAUGUGAAGAAUGCCAUUCUGGAGGACCUCCUGAGGUUGGGCAAAGAGGCAGGACUCAAGUCUUUUGAACAGGUGAGAGAUAUUGGGUUGCAUCCUGAGAUGUUUUCUAUCCAGAACGGCCUGCUGACACCCACUCUGAAGGCCAAGAGGGCUGAGCUUCGGAGCCGCUUCAGAGAGCACAUUGAUGAACUCUAUGCCAAAAUUAAGAUGUAAACUGGGGUCGAGGAAAAGAGAGGUAACUCUCAUUUAGAGCACACAGUCAGACCCGAAUUAAGUGAGAGGGAUUUUCCUCAAUUAGUCUGUUAGUGACGAUCUGAGAAUGAAACUCAGUUUGAUGUAUGUAUUGUCUCCGCUUCAUCUAGUAACUGUACCACCAAAUUUUCCCUGCUAUCACUGGCUAAUUAGGUCAAAAUAUGUUACUGGUAAAAUGUAUCUAGGAGUAACGGUUAAAAAACACAAAGGGGGAAUCUGACUUGAUCAUGCCUUAUACUGCCAUUAAGUCUGACUGCUUCACAGUCAGAAAGGUUAAAAACAUUUCUGACUGUUUUUUAUUCUUGGGAGCCGCCGAAAAAAAUCUUAUGAACAUGCUUUUACAACAGUGACUAAUAUUGACUAUUUAUAUCCUAGACUAUUUAAUGUUUUGGUCUAUCUAUUUAAGUUGGUAUUUAAUGUAAUCAUUAAAUCUGUAAAUAGUGUAUCUGCUGAAAAGUAUAUUUGUAUGCAGAGUAUUGUACCUGAUACUCUGUAGUUGUAAUUUCCUGCAUUCCCAUUUUUCUCAUUGCUUAAGAACAGAUGAACCGGUUUUAGUGCACAAUUUAGUUAAUGGCCUUUUGGGAAUCACAUUGCGACACUUUUUUUUUUGCCUUUGUUGGUUGUUUUCAUUUUCUUGUUACACUGCAUGGGAAAUGUUGAAUGUUAUUAUACUCUACAUGCAGUGCCUCUUUUUUGAUUUUCACAUUUCAGUGCCACAGAAACAGGAUAAAGCUGCAUACCGUCAUUUGUAUAAUGCACUUAAGUUGGGGUAAAUAUUUAAAACACUGGCAUUACGGUUAAUUUAAAGUAGCACGUUUUCAAAAUUUAUUCCAUUUCCUUGUUAACAUUUCCUUUUAACGAAACGAAGCAGCAUCUCAGUUGUUUGAUAAAAGAUUUAGUUGUGAAUUCAGAUUUUUUGACUGAAUUAUGAUCAUUACACAUCUAAUCACGUUGAGGCCUCCUUGACAUUUCAAGCCAUAUAGUUAUUUUGUUUUUUUAACGACUUAUGAUUUGAAAAGGGCAAAGGUGCAGUUGUGCUGAAGUUGUAAGUACAGUAUAUUUAUUUCUUAACUGUACCAAAUAAAUACUUUAUUCCAAAACUGA